AUGACAGAAAUCGAGUACCGUCUUGAUGUGCUUCGUGCAACUAAUGUUGGAACGAAGGCACAUUCUACAAUGUCGAUAUCACUUGGGGCCACGUCUCCAAGGAAACAGAGGAAGAAGACCGGCCCCACGGUGUCCAUCCUCAUCCUAAAUGCCAUCUCUUCCUACGACGCUCCACGCGGCGUGUCACUUGUGGCCCUUAAGAAGGUGCUGAAAGCUCACGGCUACGAUGUCGCCCGGAACCGAGCCCGUAUUCGCCUCGCUUUGCGCAGAAUGGUGGCCAAAAAAGUCAUCGUGCGCACGCGUGGCAAAGGGGUUUCCGGUUCCUUCAAGCUCAACCCCAGACCGCCCAGUGGUCGCAGAAGGCGGGCUAACAAGGGGGGAGGGAGAAACAAGAGACGGAGGAGGAAGGGGAAGAGGAGGAAGUCCCAGGCGAGGAGAGCAAGGAGGAGGCGCUCCAGGAGGGGGCGCUCCAGGAGAGGGCGCCCAAGAAGGGGGCACUCCAGAAGGGGGGGAUCCAAGCGUGGGCGAUCCAGGAGGGGGCGUUCCAGGAGGCCGCACUCCAGGAGAAGACGCAGGAGGGCCACCCCUGCCAGGAAAAAGUCGACCAGGAGGAGGACUAGAAGGGCUCCGAGAAGGAAGACUCCUCAAAAAACCAGGAGGGUCCAAAGCAGGAGGACCAAGCCCGCCAAGAUGUACAGGAGAAGGGGGAGGAGGAGGAGCGGAAGGUAUUAUUAA